AUGACUUCUACAGCCAAAAGAGACUCGAUGGACGCUACUGUUGAUGGAAUCAAGACGAAGCUCCAAGCUGCUCAAUUAGCCGAGCCAACCCCCAAAAAGCGGGCACUUGGCUUGGUCGACCUUCCAGCUUCCGUACGCAACAAUAUAUACAAGUACGCACUUGACACCGAGCUUGUCAACGUCGGCGAACCGAAUGUCUCGUAUACACAUUCCAUCAAGGAUGGCGUACUGGAGUUCAAGGCAUCAAGAUCGCCUUUCCGAGUUCAGACCGCCUUGUUCUACGUCAACAAGCAAAUUUCCAAAGAAGCACUUAACUACUUCUACUCCAAGAAUUUGUUCGUAAAGUUCGACAUCUACUCUGCCGACGCACGGCAUGCGAAGACGAUGCUUGAAGACUCUGGUCUACUCUUCUCGACUGCCUCGCCAGACUCACUGGAGAACUCAAAGCAACAUGCUCUCGAACUGGUCCUUGUGGAGAAGAACAGUAGCCAGAAGCGUGCAUCUGUCAUAUUCCCAGCUCAAUACCUGCCACGCCUGAUCAACUUCUUGUCGCAAGCCAGCCAAACCACAAAGUCUUGGGCACCAGCUCACUCCGUCUUCAUCAACUUGGUUAAUACCUACAACUUCUCAGUUUCUCGAAUCCAAGGCGAUCUUCUCGAGAUUUUCCGCCUAUUGUCUAACCUCGGUGGCGCCACUGUUGAUGCCAACGGCUUGCUGCCACGCUAUGCAGAAGCCGCACAGUCCCACGCGCUGUCCCUCUCCACCGACUCGCCGUCUCCCACAGACAACCCGUGGUUCAAAUCCCUUCCCGUCGAACUCAUUCCACCGAACAAAUUGACAUGGUUCACGGACCUGGAGAGGGCGCAGACAUGGUAUGCCCUGGGCAUGGUGCAUGCAGCUCUAGGCGAAAACCUCUUCGCUGCCGGCGACAUGGAACGCGCGCUAGAGCUCUGGGGCGACAGCGACGGCAAAGAGAAAGUCGAAAACGCGUUUGAAAAGAUCCGAGAAACCAUCGACGAGCAGAGGGAAGAAAUGUUCAAGGGUCAGUUCCGGCCGGGAAGUGGAUUGAAUCGGGCUGGAAGGAUCGCUAGGAUGCAUGUCUAG